GACUGAUACCAUAGGCUGAGAUGAGAUGCAAUGCGUGUUGGCGAGAAUUGGAAGGGCGAGCCAUUUCCACUACUUGUGGUCACCUGUUGUGCCCUGAAGACGCCAACAAGAUCCUCAAUAAUGAUGCAGCAUGUCCCAUAUGUGAUCAAGUGCUCUCUAAGAGCCUUAUGAAACCUGUGGAUAUCAAUCCAAAUGAUGAAUGGAUAAAUAUGGCCAUGGCUGGAGUAUCUCCGCAGAUAUUGAUGAAGAGUGCAUACAGAAGUGUAAUGUUCUACUUGGGACAAAAGGAACUUGAAAUGCAAUUCAAGAUGAAUAGAAUUGUAACCCAAUGCCGGCAGAAAUGUGAGGCAAUGCAAGAAAAGUUCACAGAAAAGCUGGAGCAGGUACAUACUGCAUAUCAAAAAAUAGGCAAGAGGUGUCAGAUGAUGGAACAAGAGAUUGAGAAUUUGUCAAAGGACAAGCAGGAACUCCAGGAAAAGUUUUCUGAGAAAUCCAGACAGAAGAGAAAACUAGAUGAAAUGUAUGACCAAUUGAGGAGUGAGUAUGAUUCAAUGAAACGAUCAGCAAUCCAACCAGUAAACAACUUUUACCCAAGAAAUGAACCAGAUUUGUUCUCAAACCCAGCAGCUAACAUGAUAGAAAGCAGAGACCAUGUUCGAAAAGUUGACUUAUAUUUUGCAGAUUGGUUGGUUUUCUCUCCUGGAACUCCAGGGCCUCGGGAAGACGUAUGGCCAGCGAGACAAAAUAGUUCAAAUUCUGGUCCCUUUGACAUCUCCACUGGCUCACCGGCAAAACAAGCAGCCAUUCCAGUUGAUGCCAUGAACAGAAGAGCUGGUGGUCACUCUGUUUUCGGAGCUUCUGCUGCUGGUGCUGCUAACCCCUCAAUGACAUUAAGGAAUUUGAUACUUUCCCCAAUGAAGAGGCCUCAGCUCUCCCGUAAUCGCACUCAAAUGUUCACGUAAGUUCCACAGUG